AUGACAUCAAACAAAGCCGCAUGGCUCCAUGAGGCCGGCACUCCCCUCCAGGUGGGUGAUGCGCCCAUGCCGAUUCCAGGACCAAAUGAGAUCGUUAUUCAGAACGCCGCUAUUGCCAUUAAUCCUCUAGACACCCAUAUGCAGGACGCUGGGGUUUUUGUUCAACAAUGGCCUGCCAUCUUUGGUUGCGAUGUGGCUGGAACAGUGCACCAAGUCGGCUCUGAAGUACAGCGCUUCAAGAAGGGGGAUCGCGUUAUUGGGCAUGCAAUCAGCCUAGUAACUGGCAAGCCUCAGGACGGAGCAUUCGCUCUGUACACAACUGUGCCAGCAGACAAAGCUGCUAUUCUUCCCGACGCCAUCCCUUUUACCGAAGGAGUAGUGGCAGCCUUUGCUAUUGAAGCUGCCGUCUGCGCGCUCUCAGUCAAGCAGCCCGGUACAGCAAUGCCAGGUGUAUCCACCCCUGCUCUCGGCCUGCCAUAUCCAUCACUGGAACCCGCGACCUCAAAUAAGACCCUUAUCGUAUACGGUGGUUCUUCCUCUGUCGGUUCGAUGACAACCCAAUUAGCAACCGCAGCGGGAAUCAAAGUGAUUUCAAUCGCCAGCGAGCGCAACUUUGAUCUCUGCAAGAGUUGCGGAGCGGCUGGAGUAUUCGACUACCAUGAGCCUUCAUUCGUCGAAAAAGUAAUUGCAGCAGCUUCGGAAUCCGGAAGAGAAUUCGUUGGUAUCUUUGAUGCUAUCUCUACGCCAGAAACGUAUACAAACGACCUAUUCAUCCUCGAGAGAUUGGGUGGCGUCCAUCUGGCUUGUGUCCAUCCUCCACCAGGAGAUGUCCCAGACAACAUCAAAGCGGGUAUGAUCUUUGCUGUGGACGAUGUUGCUACCCCGGUCUGGAGAGAUUAUGUGACUUCGGCAUUGCAGGCAGGAAAGCUCAAAUGUCUUCCACCUCCAACCGUUGUCGGAAAGGGUUUAGAGUGCAUUGAUGAAGCGCUCAAGAAGUGCAAGACGGGUGUCAGUGCGACGAAGCUAGUGGUGGAACUUUAA